AUGGCCCCGGGUGGAAAGAAGAAGGCUUUCGCCAAAUGGUCUAUGCAUCAAGCUCUCCAUAGUGAGGUAUCAAGUCUGCUGGUUGAAUCAGGUCUUGAAUUUACAUUCCACUCCGAAGAUACCGAGAUCGGUUGCAUCAAUGACCGGGACUCAAAUAUCAUGGGCCGCUUCACGUGCCAUACUUCAACAUGCAGCUCCAAUGGGUGGUCAAGUAAAAUGAUCGCCAUCACGAUCCGUGAAUAUUCUGGCCAAAGAUACAAUGCAAGGGUAUACCACCAACGCUGCAAAUCUUGCAAGCGGCUCAGUCGACCCUUGCUAGAUGAUUCAUAUGCCGAGAGGGUGGUAUAUUGGCUCAAGAAAUGGAGCGGAGUGCAAGUCGUGAAGCCUGCUUUCUCCGGUCACAGCAAAGGUCCUCAUGACAGGAACCUCUGUGAAGGCUGUAAGGCUGGUCACUGCUCUCAAGAAGACGACGAUUUCUUUUCCGAGCGAUUCAACAGGUUUGUCAGUUCUGAGUCAAGUGCGAUCGAUUGA